AUGGCCCAGUUCAGUAAAGAAGAGCUUUCUUUUGUUGAGGAUCUUCCUAAGCAUGUGGAGAUAGAGUGUCCAGUUUGUCUUAAUAUCUUGACAGAUCCUCAUCUGGUGAGCUGCUGUGGACAUAAUUUCUGUGGGUCUUGUAUUGAGAGAGUAAAAGCUAGUAAUGGAUCCUGUCCUAUGUGUAAAGAGAAGGAAUAUCAAGCAAUACCUGACAAGAAGUGUUCACGCAUUAUCAAUGGAUUGGAGGUCUACUGCAGUAAUAAGGAGAAAGGAUGUGAAUGGAAAGGAGAUUUGAAGAAUAUGUCUACUCAUCUUAAUAAAGAGAAGAGAGAAGGAGAAUGUCAAUAUGAAGAAGUAAAGUGUCGAUAUGAAAAAUGUCAAAAGGGAAAGCAGCGUAGAUAUCUUAAGUAUCAUGAAUAUAGAGAAUGUCCUCAUCGCUUAGUUCUGUGCCCGUACUGCAGUAGUAAAGAUGUAGUCUCACUGCUCAUAUCAAUGAGUGUCCAUUAG